GUCUGCGCUUCGUGCGUGGUGUGUCUGGGUAGCGCUCCCAGGGGUUCACUCCCGCACAUCGCGUCUCUCUUCUUACCUACUUCUCUCUGCUGGGGCAGCCUUGCCGUCGAUCACCGCGUGCGCGCGAGCUUGGGCUCUCCAGAGGCUCUGCAUCGAAAAAAGCCAGCUCGACGAAAAUGCAAGGAGAGCAGUACCAGGGUGAGCGCGAGGCGAUGCCCCCGGGCCACGUCUCGGGCGCCGAGGCCGCUGCCAUGGCACAACAACAACCUCCUGUUGGCACGGUCGUCGUGCAGCCCGCGGCCGUUUCAGUUGUGCAGCCCGGUCUACAGCCCGUGCGACAGGUCGUGUACGACCAGCAGCAACCCGUGGGCCAGGUCGUCUACCAGGCGCCGGCGGCCGUGCAGCCGCCCGCCGUCGUGGUCCAGCAGCCGCAGCCUGCCGGGCCGCAUCGGGAGAAAUUCGUUGGGGUCGUCUCUCUUAGUAUCGCCGGGGUCCUGUUCAUCUGCGGAGUCUGGCCAUGCUGUCUCAUCCCGUUCUGCGUGCCCUGCGACGAACGGUCCGUCUACCCGCCGCAGCAGCAGCAGUCCGUCGUGACGGUUCAGCAGCCGCAGCCCGGAGUCGUCGUCCAGGCGCAGCAGCCGAAGCAUUACUAGGCCACUCGCAUUUGACAAAUAGCUCUACUACUAGUACUACGCGGCUCCAGCAAGCAGCAGCCGAAGUAUUACUAGGCCACUUAACAAUUAGCUUGA